GUUAAGGAUGGGAAAAAAUAAAAAAGAAAAAAAAAGACUGCAAAUUUUUAUAAUUGCUUUGGUUUUUAAUAAAGUGGCGAUGACGAUCCUAACUAAGAGACUUGUGUCUGAUCAGUUUCGUACGUCGGGGCAUUUAGCGGGGAAUUGAACCGAAUUUCCGGCCAUGGAAUUCUAGAGCUUUCUAUUGAGGUAAGAUUCUUCCUAUCUCCUUCACGGUGGGGUUGGUGGUUCCGUUUUGGAAUUGGGAAAAUCUUUAGAAAAUUCGGAUCUGUUUUGUUUCAGAUCUGAUAGGUUUUUCGUUGAGGGAUUUCGGGGACAAUCGAAUUAGGGUUUGCUGUAGCUGGAUUGUAUUGGGUUUGUGUGAGCUCAAUAUGGGUAUGGAGGAAGAUUUUGUAAUUUAGGGUUCUUGCGUUGGGGGUUGAUUUAAAUGGAAGACGGUGUGAGAUCUGGGGGUCCGUCGGGGGUUUUGGUAAAGACUAGGAACUCGUCUGGUUGCUUAAUUGUUAGAAAAAAAGAGGAUGGAUUAGGAGGCGCCGGUUCUUCGGGCUCACGUUUGCUUAAUGCAAAGAAAGAGAAGAAGAGGCCUAGGUUGGUUUUGAGUGAUUCUGGGUCCAGUGAUGAGGUAUUGUUGCCUCAUCGUAGACGGGUUGGUCCUGAAACCAUUCGGGUUUGUAAUGGUUUGAAUUCUUUUGGGAAAGAUGUUGUGGACGAGAGUGGAAGUAUCAGAAAGAAGGAUAGAUUGCAGUACGUUAAGCGAAAUGAUGAUGGUUUACUCAACAGGAUGGAUGGAGAUGGUCUACGAAGAAAUAUGGACACCUUAGAUGUCUUUGAGUUCAAUGAGUACGAUGAAAUUGAUAGUGAGACUAGGCAGAGGAAGCACUUUAAUGACAGUGGAGAAAGACAGUUUGUUGGUUCCAUGAAACUGCCUCAAAGUGGCGUCAAGAGGGAAUUUGGAACCUCUUCUAGCAAGCAUGCUUUGGUGGACAAGAGAAAGCAUUUGUAUGCCGAACAAACCAAUAGCUUUGAUCGGGACAGGCCUCCCAGAAAGAUUAAUUAUGAAUCAGAUAAUGAUGAACCUCACCUCCCAACACCCUUGUUGAGAGAUAAGUUUAGGGGUCAUUCCGAUGAAGCAAUCAGGGUUCAGGGGAAAAAUGGAGUUUUAAAGGUAAUGGUUAACAAGAAGAAAAAUGUGAGCGGAGCUUCCAAUAUGUAUGAUCAUCGCAAAUUAGAAGAAAGUAGAAAGAGUUUAAGGACCGAAGAUACUCUGAAGAGGAAAGUGUUAGUUUCUCCUUCACUCCACCCAGAAACUAAGCCCAAUAUGAAACAGGACCUCUUUUCUAAGCCAGAGAAAGACCAUACAGAAUUUCAAACUUCAGCAUCAACAAAAAAUGUAAAGGGUUGCAGUUGGGAUUCAGGUGACAGCAGUGUGUCAUUGAAGCCCAGAAAAAAGGUUGUUGAAGCUCACAAAUCUACCAAGAAGGCAAGUUGUGAAGUUGAAAAAAUUCCAUGUGAAGAGACUCCCCCAAGUACAGCAAAGGAAGGAAAAGUAAAACGAGGCAGUGGAACAGAGAAACAAAAGCUACGUGAAAGGAUCAGGGGAAUGCUCCUUAGUGCUGGCUGGAAAAUCGAUUACAGACCCAGAAGGAACAGAGAUUAUUUAGAUGCUGUCUAUGUUAAUCCCACUGGAACAGCUUAUUGGUCAAUUAUUAAGGCUUAUGAUGCCCUUCAAAAGCAAUUGAAUGAAGAAGGAGCAGAGGCUAAACCUAGUACUGAUGGUUCAUUUACGCCAAUAUCAGAUGACAUUCUUAGUCAAUUAACCAGGAAAACUAGAAAGAAAAUUGAGAAGGAAUGGAAAAAUAAGCAGAGAGAUGAUAGUGACAGUGAAAAUGCUAAAGAAGCAAGUGCACUAAGAUCUGCUGGUACAAAAAAUGACAUGGACAGUAUGGACAGUGACAGCAAUGAAGAAAAGUUAAGCUCUUUCAUAAAGCAGGGUGGAAAGUCUUUUAAAAAUAAAUUGAACGAGAAUGGAUUUCCCAGUGUCAACUCCAAAGGUCAAAGUUCUAGUAAGUAUUCGCGUGAUACCAUUGUAAAAUCUUCUUCUGGAUCCAAUUCACGUAUUUUACAUGGAAGAAGAGGUAGAAAGCUUGGACUGUUAGUUCGUGGCUCUAGUAGGGGAUUAGAUUCAGAGAAUGAUGGAUAUGUUCCAUAUACUGGUAAAAGGACUCUGCUUUCCUGGCUUAUUGAUUCCGGAACUGUGCAGUUGAGCCAAAAGGUUCGGUACAUGAACCGCAGACAGACCCGGGUGAUGCUGGAGGGGUGGAUUACCAGAGAUGGCAUCCAUUGCGGUUGCUGUAGCAAAAUCCUCACUGUCUCAAAAUUUGAGAUACAUGCUGGAAGCAAAUUACGGCAACCUUUUCAAAACAUCUUUUUGGAGUCUGGGGUUUCUCUUCUGCAGUGCCAGAGAGAUGCAUGGAAUAGACAGGAGGAGUCUAAACGCCUCAGUUUCCACACAGUUGAAAUUGACGGUGAUGAUCCAAAUGAUGAUACAUGUGGCAUCUGUGGAGAUGGUGGAGACUUGAUCUGUUGUGAUGGGUGUCCAUCAACUUUUCAUCAGAGUUGUUUAGAUAUUCAGAUUCCUCCAGGUGAUUGGCACUGCCCAAAUUGUACUUGCAAGUAUUGUGGAGUUGCCAGUGUUGAUAUUUCUCAAGGAGACAAUACCGUUGUUCCUGAGAUAUCUACUUGCAUGUUAUGCGAGAAAAAAUUUCAUGAGUCCUGCAUUCCAGAGAUGGAUACUCCUGAUCAUUCCAACACUUCAGUCACUUCUUUUUGUGGCAAGAGUUGCAGAGAGCUUUUUGAGAGUUUGCAGAAGCAUCUUGGGGCGAAACAUGAAUUAGAUGCAGGAUUCUCAUGGUCUCUUAUCCGUAGAACAAGUGAAGAUUCGGAUGUAUCUGUUCGUGGACUUUCUCAAAGGAUCGAGUGUAACUCUAAACUGGCUGUUGCAUUAACAGUUAUGGAUGAAUGCUUUUUGCCUAUUGUUGACAGGAGGAGUGGGAUAAAUCUAAUUCAUAAUGUUCUUUAUAACUGUGGAUCUAACUUUUAUAGGCUGAAUUAUAGUGGCUUCUACACUGCUAUUUUGGAAAGGGGUGAUGAAAUCAUCUCUGCUGCAACAAUCAGGUUUCAUGGGACUAAGUUAGCUGAAAUGCCAUUCAUCGGUACCCGCCAUAUUUAUAGACGUCAAGGAAUGUGCCGUCGGCUCUUUUGCGCAAUUGAAUCUGCCCUCCGCAUGCUUAAGGUUGAGAAACUGAUUAUACCAGCAAUCGCUGAGCUCAUGCACACUUGGAAUGUGAUUUUUGGCUUUAGUCCUUUGGAGCAGUCACUCAAGCAAGAAAUGAGAUUGAUGAAUAUGUUGGUGUUCCCUGGAACAGAUAUGUUACAGAAGUUGUUAAUCCAAGAGACAAUUGUCGAGGAGAAUACUUCUACUGGCUCAGGUGCAAAGCAAACGGAUUGUAGAAGUACAGAGUUCAGUAGUCCUAAGAUGGAUACAGAGACCUCAUCUGGCCAUGAACCUCAAAGUUGUGAUGACACCGAACAGCAUCACUCUAAGGAGAAAACAAAUGAAGCAGCUGUUACUAACCCGAAUCCUGAAUCCGUAUCUGUUUCUCUAAAUGAUACUUCUGCGGCAAAUAGUCCUCUGGAUGUGUUUUGUGAAGGUAAACCGUCAUGUUCUCCAAUGCAAACCGUAAAUUCAGAUUCUGAUUCUGGUGAUAAAGUUAAAUGUUCAUCUCCAUCUGAUUCAACCGACUCUCUUCAAUGGAAAAAUAAGUCUGGAAUUCAGCAUGGUAUAGAGGACCAUUUGCAGUCCACUUCCCAAUGUAUGGAAGUUGAUACAUCUUCAGACAAUUCUCUUGAACUUAAGGUUAAAGUUUCAGAUGAAGGAAUCAUUUGUUCUAACUCUCAUGCUGGGCACGAGUUGGCUGACUCCGUUUCUGAGAAGAAAUAUUUUCCUCCUGCAAUAGGCUAUGGCACCGAUGAGUUUCUAAAUGACAUACCCGUAGUGGAUUCUCCUGAAGAUGAUAAGUCAUUCAAUAAGAUUAAUGGUCAUGAAUUCCACGAGGACGAUUCCCAUGCUAAUGCUCUUAAACCUGCUCAUUCGGUUGAAAAUUUUCCCAAUGACAGUGAAAAUCCACUUGUCUCUUCUGCUAGCUUGUGUGGCACUAAUGGAGGCCCCUUUGAAACAUCUGAUUGUAAAAAUGCAAGACCUUAUGGUAAAGAAACUUUUUCUGACGGAAUUUGUGACAUUGAAAAUUCUCCACAGGCAUGUGGGGCAAAAGCCAGAGGUGAUUCGCAGGAAGAGAGAGCUGAAUCUGGUUCGGUUUGAAAUUGCCUCCAUGUUGAUGUUUGAUCUCCAAAUUAUCAUGAAACCACUUUGCUGGUUUGUGCAGGGCUCUGUUGCUAAAUGACUAGUGCUUAGAUUUGAGAUGAGUUGCAAUAAUUGAUAUUGCUAUUUAACAGAAUUUUGGCAUUUAGAUCACAAUCCAACUUCUGUUCGUUAACACGAUUUUUUCAGCCCUGGAGUUCACAGAGGUGCCCUUGAAGGAACUAGCAUGGUUCAAUUCACCAUUUCUCUUCUGAAAUUGCUGCUUUGAAACAUGAACACAUUCAUUAUGCUGGCUGGCUUGGAAGCUCAAACUUCAUGGUAUGGUCGAAACCUGGUUCAGGAUCUCUCCAAACCAUCAUAUUUUCUAGAAAUGGAGCAGUUCCAUUCUUGAUCAGGGUCAGCUAAUCUCUUGGAGCAAAAUCUUCUUGUAGUUGUAAUGAUUGAUCACACAUGGUUCCAGCGCCAAUUUGUCUCAAACAUAUCUGUUAUCGUCUGCUCAGCCUAUUCGACAACCACAACUGCGAGAGAGCCAGAGAAUUAAAAUAACUCUUGUGGCGUUUUCAAGUUCUCAAGGUUUUCUGGUCGGGCCUUUUAACAGAAAUAUAUUGACAUUCAUUCGUAUUACUCAUAAGAAUGGUAUGACCACCCUCUGUUGUAUAGGCUGUUUUGGUGGAAUCUUCAAGCUUGUCAACUCAAUUUGUCUUGAAUUUUUGCUGCUGUCUGUGAUGGGCAUUGUCUAAGUUCAGAGCAUUUUCUGGGAAGCUACUUCUCUGCCAACCAUGAGAGCUUAGGGGGGUUGGUUUAACAUGUGUGAAAGCAAAGGGUAAAAAAUAUAGUUUUUAGUGAGUUAGAAAUGGGGAGUCCAUUGUUUGCUAACUGUUAUUAUUGGAAUUACUUGUUAUAUGAAGAUGAAAUUGUAAUUAUUUGGUGCACAUGUAUUUAGUUUGAAAUACUGCCUGAAGGUUUUGCUCCACAUUUUUCUCAACCCCU